CUUCGCAAGCUCGGUGCGGUUGGAGACGACCGGAGUGAAAGGCUGGGCAGCAGGCUCCUAUCCCACCGGCCCACCCUACUAGGGAGCCAGCCUCGCUUGGGCUACAGCUUGUCUUAUUUUUGUUGUCUUUCCUUUUUAUCUCGCAUGUUUUAAAUCGUCCUGGAAUUUCUUGGCGAUUCCCAGUCAUGGAGGUAGUGCAGCCCAAGGACCUGGGGCAGUACUCCGGCCUGGCCAAGAGGAGAGUUGGGGAGCUGUGCAGGCAGAAACGGAUAUUCAACGCCAGGAACAGGAUCAUCGGGGGAGAUACAGAAGCCUGGGAUGUUCAGGUUUGUGACCAGAAGAUAAAAGAAACAACUGAAAAAGCCAGAAAUGAAACCUUUGCUGCUGAAAUGAGGCAAAAUGACAAAAUCACAUGCAUAUUAGAAGGUCGGGAAAGAAGAGACAGGAAAAAUCUCUGCAAAGCUAUUAAUGACUUUCAACAGAGCUGUCAGAAGCCAGAAACUCGCCGAGAAUUUGACCUUUCUGACCCGCUAUCCCUUAAGAAAGACCUUCUAGCCUGGCAGUCAGAUAAAGACGUUCAGAAUACCGUGUCGGGAAUGCAGAGAUUCAUGGGAGAGGAUUUAAACUUCCAUGAGAGGAAGAAAUUCCAGGAAGAACAAAACAGAGAAUGGUUUUUGCAACAGCAAAGGGAAUGGAAGGAUGCCAGAGCCGACCAAAAACGUGCAGAGGACUUUUACAUGAAAACAAGGAUGCAAUUUGAUGAAACAGCCAAACAUUUACAGAAUCUGGAACGCGCCACCAGAAAGGCCGUCUGUGCAACUGUGAAAGAAUUCAACAAGAGCCAGGUCACGGAGUCAGCGGAAAGGAGAAGUCUAGAGAAAAAACAAGAACAAGAGGACAACCUGGCCGAGAUCUCCAACCUGCUGCGUGGCGACCUGCUCUCCGAGAACCCGCAGCAGGCAGCCAGCUCCUUCGGGCCCCACCGCGUGGUCCCCGACCGUUGGAAAGGCAUGGCCCGGGCACAGCUGGAGCAGAUCCGCCUGGUUCAGAAGCAGCAAGUCCAGGAGAAGCUGAGACUCCAGGAAGAAGAGUGCCAGCGAGACAUGGACUGGGACCGGCGGAGGAUUCAGGGCGCCCGUGCCACUCUGCUGUGUGAGCGGCAGCAGCAGCGCCAGCAGCGGGACCUGCGCAGAGCCCUGGACUGCAGCAACCUCAACCUGGCCAAGGAACAGCUUUUGCAGAAAAAACAUAUGAAGGAAGCCUGUACAAACCAUGUCACUGAAGAUUAUUUCGCACAAUUUAAUACAAAAAGUCGAUAAAGA